CCUCCAUAUCUUCCAGGAAACGCUAGCAUCCAGAGGAUGAGCCGACUCCAGAGGCGUGGAUUCCCAGCCCCACUGUCUUCUUUAAGGCUACAUCUGCUCUUUUGCCUUUGACUCGGCUCAACCCCACGGUGCAGAGAAAUGUAGCCCUGGUUCCAUUUCGUCUGCGCCCUAAAAAAAAAAAAAAGAAGAAGAUGAUCCGUCUUGCCGUUUCUAAUUAUAGCCGCUCUUAUUUUUACCCCACCGCCGCCUUAUUGCAUUAUGGAUGCCCCAGGAAUGGUGUCCCUUCGAGGUAGCGUGGGAAUAUCUCAGUAGAGAGGCUGCUCCAGCAUCCAUUCCUGUGUGGCUGUGGGAGCAUCCCCGUCUUCCGGAGGCUGGCCGCGGGCUCCUUGUGCGUGGGGAUGCGCUUGUCUCUCCUCUGCGCGCCGGGUUUGACUCCAGAGGAGCGGUAGGGGCGAUGCGGGAGUACAAGGUGGUGGUGCUGGGCAGCGGCGGGGUGGGCAAGUCCGCGCUCACGGUCCAGUUCGUCACCGGGACCUUCAUAGAGAAGUACGACCCGACCAUUGAAGAUUUCUACAGGAAGGAGAUCGAGGUGGACUCCUCCCCGUCGGUGCUGGAGAUCCUGGACACGGCGGGCACGGAGCAGUUCGCCUCCAUGCGGGACCUGUACAUCAGGAACGGCCAGGGCUUCAUCCUGGUCUACAGCCUGGUCAACCAGCAAAGUUUUCAGGACAUCAAGCCCAUGAGGGACCAGAUCAUCAGGGUCAAGAGGUACCAGCAGGUGCCGGUGGUGCUGGUGGGUAACAAGGUGGACCUGGAGGACGAGAGGGAAGUGUCCCCCAGCGAGGGCCAGGCGCUGGCCGAGGACUGGGGCUGCCCCUUCAUGGAGACGUCGGCCAAGAGCAAGACGAUGGUGGACGAGCUGUUCGCCGAGAUCGUCAGGCAGAUGGACUUCUGCCCUCUGCCCGACCGGAGGGAGACCUGCUGCCCCGCCUGUAGCAUUCAGUAGAAGCCCGGAGGAGGAGUGGUGGUGGACGGGGCGGUAGAAUAGUCAUUAGAGUGCAAAUGUAUUCAUGUUAGACGGUUUAGAGGGGCAGUGGGAGGUAAAAAGCCAACUUCUACGACGUUUAGCUGUUCGCUGCGGUAAAUGUAGGCGAAUGCUCUCUGAAAGCGGGUUAGGGGGGGGAGUUAGAUCAAAAAAUAUCCAUCACCUCUCAGACAAAAAAAAACUGGAUUUUCACUUGAACAACAAAGCAACACUCAACCUCUAGCUUCCAUCAGCAUCUGGUUGAUUCAUUCGGAGUGAAAUUCUGAGGUUUCCCCUAAAGCGCCGCGGUGCCAAAGCCAUCCACAAAGAGGAUUGUAGUGCUAAAUGCUAUGUGGGAAAGCAGCCAUAGGUUAACGCAGGUAUGGCAAUGUGCUCAGUGGCUUCACUGGUCUGUUUUCCUCCGUUUCUGUUUGUCUUUUUGCACUUUGGGGACAUAUCCGGCAGUGCGAGACCUUUCCACCAUGUAAACUGAUAAGUAACACCACUGUGAUGGGUGGGUAAGGGGAGGGUUGCACAGAGAGUUCAUUUCACAGCAGGACCCGCCUAACUUAACUACGAAUGAAUGAAAAGAUGCAAGAAUGUCUAAAAAAAAAAGAUAAAACGCACCUUUGGGGAGAAUUCCUGCAGAAGAUCCCAAACGCUGACCUACUGUGGAUGAUGUGUGCAUGAAGCUGUGCUGUCACACUGACACUGAGUACAAUCGGUCCUCGCCCCAAAAGAGGCAGUAUCAGUCAGUCAAACGUGUCGUUGAAACGUCCGGACACUCGUCUUCUCACUUUACGGAUUGGGUGCAUAUGCCUUGAUACGUGUAUACGGUAAGCGGAAGUGUCGGCGUGUAGCUCGUCUGUCUGGGUCACAUCGGAUAUGUUAGUGGUUUGAUGUCAAAAAAACACUUAUUUUCAACAAAAAAUAAAACUUUAUGCACAAG